AUAGGAAAAAAAUAAAGUUAUAUAAGCAAAUGAAUUCCAAUAUUGUUAUCAUAUCGUGCAAGACUUGAUUGCAAGUCAAUACGGAAAAUAUUUAGCUAUCGCAAUGUCGCAAUUCUUAUUAGUCAAAGUAUUUUUCAUUUGCUCUGUAUACGCCGUUUAUGCAAGGCCUGAGAAUUGCACUGAGGACUGUGGCGAAAAUGCAUUUUGCAAUCCGUGUGGAGAUGCUUGUGAGAUUUUUUGUUCAGACAAACAAGGAAAACCUUGUCCACGAAUUUGUAAACUUCCGGCUUGUCAAUGUGAAGAAAAUUUUGUAAGAGAUAACGCUACUAAAAAGUGUGUCCCUCGUGAAAAGUGUUCUGAGAAUAAUUAGUACAAUUUAAAUAAAUAAAAAAAAUUUAUUUAUCAGUUCUUUAUUUUCAAAGAUUGUCGUCUACGAAAGAAAUGUCUGUACCGCAAUGUAUCAAACAAUUCGGUAUUGAGUCUGUAUAAUUGAAAGUAUAAAUAAAUAAUUAUUGCAAUAUAAAAAAAUAAAAAA